AUGGUGAAAAUGGCAACAACCGCUGGUUCAGCCCCAGGGGCUAUCACUCCUGGAAUAGGGUCAGCUAACCGAACGGAUAGCAAACACCCGCCACCACCGACUCGCCCACGGCCCUCGUUCAGUAUAAGCAGUGUACUAGGAGAUAGUUUGGUUGAGGAGAACUCGCCGCCAGCUUCCCCACCAAUGAUCGCUCCUCCACCACCACCGUCUUCAUCCUCUUCCUCUUCAUCGUCGUCGUCGUCGUCGGCUUCACCAUCGUCAGCUACAAUGAGCCCAAACGGUCAUUUGCAUCAUCAUCAUCACCAUCACCUCUCACACCAUCACCACCACCAUCACCAUCCGGCGCACAUUCCUCACCCUCUUUCACAUCCGCAACAGCUUCAGCGACAUCAACCCCAACAGGCACACAUUGGAUCUACUAAUGCAAAUGUGGCCACCAACAAAUCCCAUUCAUCAGCGAAUCACUUGUUACCUGUUUCCAAUCCAAGCGCGACUACCAUAAUCGAGCCGGGAACGCCGACAGAGUCCCUGCCGGCUAUUGAUGAAGAUGAGGCAGACGCCGAGGAAAUUGCCGACGCUGACAAUGAAGAGGAUGACGAUGAAACUCAUGUCGACGUUGAAUCUUUAGAGUUCGAAUCUGAACCUGGACUUCUGGGAGACUCUUCGCGAGUAUCCCAUGCCGAGGAGGCAGCUACACCUGAUGUUAGUCGGGCUGGGUCACCCAUGACCCGAACCACUUCACCAAAUUCUACAAUACCGUCACCAAGUAUCUCACCAGCACCAUACAGUGAUGGCCAUCACCCCCAUAUUACACACCACCAACAUCUUCAUGACAUUCAACACUUAAACAAUAACACUAUCAAGCGACCGGACAGUGUUGGAGAACAUAGUACAGCUGGCAGUGACAUUGAUUCCGCUGCGGUACCUCGUCAUUAUGAUGAUCCAGGGAAAGGUAACUACUGGAUGCUGGACCCGUCAAGUGAUGAUGUUUUCAUCGGGGGCACGACAGGCAAGCUGAGGCGGCGAUCAACAGCCGCUUCACGAAGUCGUCUUGCAGCCUUUAAAAGGGCUGGUUUUCCUCGGCUCUCAGCUCCUGCGUAUUCCUUACAUCCGGACAAAUCCAAUCCUUUUUUGUGGUCCAUGCCAUCUGUCUACCCGCUGGCGGGUAAUACGACCGGGUCGGCGUUCCGCUACAACAGUAUCACUCCCUAUCCAUACCCGGCUUUUCUGACUCCAACUGGAGUUACGGCCGCAGCAGCUGCCGCUGCCAACCGCACCUCAACGGGUAGUUCGAAUUUCUCUGUCGAACGUCUCCUUGGAAAUGAGUCGUCGUGUGGCCCGACAUUAUCAGCUAGUCAUCCAGGUCUGACAACUCCCAUCAGACCUGAAGUCACACUCACUGGUCAUGGGGCCUAUGCUGGACUUGCAGUGUCUCCAACGGCAUUGCUCUUCCCUCAUUUAACACAGGCGCAUGCUUGUGCCAACGGACUCGAACUAUACGCUGGACUUCGAGGUUUGCCGGUGUCUCAUGCGUCGGCGUUUACGUCGGCCGUCGGUCUACAUCCGGCGGCAUCCAAUCUCUCUUCUUCCGAAUCUUCCUUCACACCUGUGCCGCCAUUCAUUAUCUAUCUAUCUAUCUAUCUAUCUAUCUAUCUAUCUGUCUAUCUAUCUAUCUAUCUAUCUAUCUGUCUGUCUGUCUAA